AUGACUGGAAAGGGCUUUGAAAAGAUCAUCAUCGUCGGCGCAGGACCGUCCGGGCUCCUGCUCGCCCUGCUGCUCUCAAAACAUGGGAUACCCGUCACGGUGGUCGAGAUGUCGCACGAGCUAGACCAACAGCCUCGUGCAGCCCACUACGGCCCAGCAGCCACCCCGGACCUGAAGCAGGCCGGGGUCCUGGACAAGAUCAAGUCCGAGGGCAUGACCCUGGACACCAUGUGCUGGCGCCGUGCCGACGACUACGGCUACAUCGCCGGGUUCAACGCCGAGGUCAUCUCCAACGUGGACGGCAACGACGCGCGCACCGUGUGCCUGCCGCUGCAGGACUUGGACAAGCUCAUGCUGGACCUCUUUGUGGAGAAGUAUAAUGGCAAUGUUCUGUGGAAGCACAAGGUUGUCGACGUCGGCCAGGAUGAGAAGAAGGCGUGGGUCGAUGUUGAGGCUCCGGAUGGCAGGAAGAGGCUUGAGGCUGACUACAUUGUUGGUUGCGACGGGGCGAACAGCGCCGUCAGGAGGGCGUUGUUUGGCAAUGACUACCCUGGAUUUACGUGGGAUGCGCAGAUUAUCGCAACCAACACUUAUUAUGACUUUGAGGGGAAGUUCGGCUUCGACGACGCCAAUUUCAUCAUACAUCCCGAACACUUCUUUAUGGCAGCAAGGAUUACCCGGGAUGGACUUUAUCGCGUCACUUAUGGCGAGACACCUGGGUUAUCUGUUGAAGAGUACAAGCAAAGGCAGCCAUGGAAGUUCGAGACCAUGCUCCCAGGUCACCCGAAGCCGGACGAGUACAAGUUGAUCAACAUCGCACCCUACAAGAUGCACCAACGAUGCGCAACCAAGUUCCGAGUCGGCCGCGUUCUCCUCGCCGCCGACGCCGCGCAUCUCUGUAACCCAUGGGGUGGACUCGGCAUCACGGGGGGCUUCGUCGACUGUGGCGGUCUCUUCGACUGUCUCGCUGGGAUGGGACGGUAA